AUGGAUAUCGAGCAGAAGCAGGCGGAGAUAAUUGAUCAGCUCGUUAGCCGAGCUGCUUCAUGCAACGGCGACUCCCUGUGGCCUAUCAUAAUCGAAGCUACAUCGCAUCCUUCUCUGUUCGCUUUCUCCGAGAUUUUGGCUCUACACAGUGUUGCCCAGCUUGAAGGAACCACAAAUUCAGUGUACCUGGAUGUACUCCGGUUGUUCGCCCACGGCACCUGGGGUGACUACAAAUGCAAUGCGAGCCGUAUUCCUCAGUUGGUUCCUGAUCAAAUUCUUAAGUUAAAGCAGCUUACUGUGCUUACCCUUGCGGAGUCUAACAAGGUUUUGCCUUAUGAUACACUGAUGGCCGAGUUAGAUGUCACCAAUGUUCGUGAACUCGAGGACUUUCUUAUCAAUGAAUGCAUGUACGCGGGUAUAGUUAGAGGAAAGCUGGAUCAGUUGAAAAGAUGUUUCGAGGUUCCAUUUGCAGCUGGUAGGGAUCUAAGGCCAGGACAGAUAGGGAAUAUGUUACACACAUUGUCAAACUGGUUGAACACAUCAGAAAAUCUGCUCGUUUCAAUUCAAGACAAGAUCAAAUGGGCGGACAAUAUGAGUGAGAUGGACAAAAAACAUCGCAAGGAAGCAGAAGAAGGGGUGGAAGAAAUGAAAAAGUCUCUGUCCAUGAAGGGGGACGUUGACGGCAGAGGGCAUAAAGAGAUGUUUGGGGAAUCAAGUGGAGUGAUGGACUACGAAGAAGAUGGAAUCCGACCAAAGAGGAGGAGGCAUCCUGUUCCAAGGUAG